AUGAGUAAACUUGCGGUAUUUAAGUCUAACAGAGCCUAGAGGCCAAGUUAGCAUCAGAAUGAGAAUGCAACUCAUAACCCUUAGAUUUAUGAGGAAGGUAGCAAAACUAAUAGAGAAAAAGGAUCACUAAGAUACACAGCUAAAGAACAUAUGGAGUACUUGCAGCAACUACAAGAUCAGCAAAAACAUAUUCAUAAAAGGAAAAAAAGUAAAAAACUUCUAUUAUUAUCAUCCUAAAAUUAACUUUAAAAUCUAGGUUUAAAGCAACAAAAAAGUGUUCUUGACAGUGUUUAUUAGACAUGCAGAGAUUCAGCAGGCUAGAAAUCUUAGAUGUUUGAUAUCGAGACAAGUUCAUAAAAUCAUGUCGAAAAUUUCGACGGUAGCAUAUUCUAAAGUACUAAAAGACUUCCUAAAGAAAAGCCGCUGUCUCAAAAUUACAAGUCUAGUAAAGUUCAAAGCAGCUAUAUUCCUUAAAAGCCUUUUACAAACAAUACGAAUAACACUAUAAAUACUUCGCAGGCUUAAUAGUAAAAGCAACCAAAUCUCUUUAACAAGGCAAUCAUAAGCAGUCGACAGCAUUUGUAACACUAAUAAUAGUAGAUCUUGUAACAGCAAUUACAAAUUCAAUCUUAUCAGACAUAGUAGUCGCCUUAUUAAUCUUAAGAGUUACAAUCACACAGGAUAUCUUAACCUCUAGAGAAGCCAAAUACUCAUUAUAAGCUAUUAGAGCAAAAAAAUAAUAGCUUAAAUGCUAGACUAAUCAAGCGAAAUUCGAUGUCUAACCUGCAAUGCUAAGUAGUUAAAAAUGGACAUGAGACAUUGAAGACAGAUAACAAACAUUAGAAACUUGUGACAAAUAAAAGCUUAGCUUAAAUUGAAACUAUGAGUAAAGAUUUGCAUGAACAUAUCAAAUCAAACAAUAACACUAGAAGAUCAAGCAAUAAUCCAAAAGAAAAGACAUUAAAUAGGAUUGUGUUUAACAACGAUUCGAAAAGAUCAUCAGUUGAUAAUGGAAUGAUGAGAGUAAAAAUUGACUUGGAAACAAGUAUGGGGCAUUAAGAGGAUGAAACAAUGAUGAAAUUUAUGCAUUAAACAGAUGAUGUAGACGAAGCAUAAAGAGCUCAAAAGAUUAAAAAUUUAUCGGAUGCAUAUAAUCUUAGAGACAGCACUAGCAGGCUAAAUAUUGAUGAACAUAUAUCAAAUGAAUAGCUUUUCAAUUAGCUACGAGUGAAUAGAAUUGCCCUUGAUCUCCAUACAAAUAAAUCAUCAGCUUGUAAUUUUACUGGUAUCGACUAUACGCCUGCGAUGUCACAUAAGCCUCAAAAGGAAAACAUGUUCGUCUUAAAGUAAAGUUUAGAUGAGCAUAAGGAAAACAAGAAAAUUUAUGAUUAUUCAGUGGCAUAACAGGUUUUGAAUAGUAUUAAUAGUCACAAAUUUAGUGAUAAUGUAAGCAAUCUGGCUGUAUAAAGCCAAAAUAACUCUAGCAAAAAUAGUCAGAUCGAUGAGAAGAAAUAAAACAGAGUCUUCCUUCACAAAACUCUAUUUGAAGAUGAAGUCAUACAGAGAGAAUCCCCAACAAACAAAAUAUUACAUUAAUAAGUUAAAUGCAUGAAUUGCCAACUUGAAUAGCAAAAGCAUUACUAAACUAAGCAAGCAUUAGAUAAAGCAAUACAGCUUUCUAAUAUCCUAAUGUCAGAAAUAACUAAAUUAGACGCUAAAUUAGCUGAUAUGAAAAAGACAAUUGAUAGACAUUAAUAGAUCAACUAUGCUCCAAGACCUGAUGCAUCGUAGUUUAAAGAAAGCAUGGUAAGCUCUUCAUCAAACAACAUUUUUAACAAAAGCAAAUCAUCUAAAGAGGAACUUAGGUCUUUAACCAGAAUGCUGAAAGAAUCAAGAAAAUCUAUCCAUAAUCCAGAACCAAUGUGCUUAAUUAAAAAUCCAAGAGUUAUUAAAAAUCUUUCCCAAUCACCCUAGAGGAAUGACAGUGAGCUUAAUCUAUAACAAGAGGAAGAAUUUGAUGAGGAUUAUAUGCAGAAGAAGGUUAUGAAGCUUUAAGAGGAUGGGCUUGAAUUCAGAUAAAAUAUACAGCAAAUGAUGAAUAACUUUGCUUGCAUUAAAAACAGAAGGCAGAAUGCAGACUCAAUCAUAAGAAAUGCUGGUAAUAUAGUAUAGGAAAUCAUGGAAACAUCAGGAUCGAUAACUCAAAUACAAAGUCCUACAAUGGCGAACAUAAGAAACACAAAGAAAACUUAGAACUUCAGGUACUCUAACUCUAAAAAGAAAAAGUAUAAUGAAGCUUUAUUUUGA